AUGAACAAAGUUAUGAAUUUUUGAAAAUUUAAGUUAUAGCAUAUGUGUCUAUGGGCCAGCGUCAAAUCUUCACCGUCACGAAUUUUAUUGCGCAAUCAUGAUGUGGUGCACUGGCAUAUCUCUGUACACGCUGUGCUGUCUGGAAAAUUCGCGAUGUUCAGAAAAGCACUCGUACGUAGUGACAGUACUUCCAAUUUUUAAUUCUGUUGACUUGUUGUGUUGAGGUUUAAUACCAACUGAUUGUACUAGGUGCCGUAACAUUGUAGAUUUUUUUUGCACUUUAAUCCCUACCUUCUCUUAAAGUGCUGGCUUUCUUUCUGUCCCGUAAUUUCUUGACAGGCUUCCAGUCGAAGUGAUUGGUACUGGAUUAAAUCAUUAAUGGGAAUAAUUAUAUCUGCGUGCUGGAAUAAUUUUGUGUUUUAUCUUUGCGAUGAGGCUGUCUAGCAGUGCAGUGUGCAGUUAAUAACAUUUGCUGCCAACACUGCGCGCAUCCGACGGAGACGACCAGGGAGUCCCGUGGACUCCUCAGCUUCGGUUGUCCAUUUUUUGAACAGCAGCGAAUGGCGCGGGGGAAGCCCCUGGAUCCCGAUCUCGUCAAAGCCGUGUUCCGGCUGUAUCGGCGUGAGAAGAGUGUCCGGAAAGUGGGGGAGAUCUUCGAUAAAUCGCAUGUCUGGGCGACUCAGAUCCUCCACAAAUACGACGAGCAGACGGGGCUGCCCAAAGAAGCGGCGAAGAAGCGGGGCCGCCCCCGCAGGACCACCGAGGAGCAGGACAAAGAGGCCCUGGCCUUCCUGGCUGAGAAUCCCGAGCUGAGCGCCGCCCAAGCGUCCUCCACGGUACAGAUCCCCACCCGCACGCUCCUGCGCCGAAUGAAGGAGUUCAGUGGGAAGAAGAGAAAGGAAGAGAAGAAGACGGGACGAAAGACGGCGGUGACCGAAACGCUACCAACAAUGACGACAGUAUCAGAAACGAUAGGACGGAAAUCCGGGCAGCUGGAGCAGUCAAAUAGUAACUCAUUGACGAUUCAGUUCAAAAUUAUUCAAUAGUGAUCUCCAUUUCGGGAUUAAUUGGAUGAUGUUGCUUAUUAAAAUAAUAAAUAAAACUGCGUAUUAUGCAGAACUUUUACCUUACUAAACUGACCCUUUUACUGUAUUGUAUUUAUUUAUUAUUAUUUUGUUAUACGAUUUUUUUUUAUUUUUUCACCAUAAUGGCCAAAACGUUGCAGUCAUGGGCCUCAUGGCGAUGGUGAUCUGGUGUUUUGGGUCAGAAAAGUGCAAGACAAGGAGCCCAUAAGCCCAUAAGUUCGACGGGUUCGAGUCAGUUCAAAUAGAAUGUGCAUUCGUGCAUGUAGCAGAAAUAUACUUAGCAGCGCCUUUUCAAUUUGAUAAAAUUAUAUACAGUAGUUAAUAGCACUUAAGGGAUUUGGCCCGGUACAUAGCACUAAAUUCGUGUACAUUGAGGGGAACUUUCGUUGUCGCGCA